AUGAAAUCUGUUGUCGCCUUCUCGCUCCUCUUCGGACUCGGUACGGUAUCUUUUCAAAUUUUGCAAAAAAUAAGUUUUACUACAUAAAACUUUAAGUAAUACUAAAAAUAAGCGACAUUAUGAUGACAAUAAUGUGUUUCAGCCGUGAGCCAAGAGUUCUCCCUCCCUCCUCUCGGCGGAUCUCUUCCUCCAGGCUUCAGUCUGCCUCCAGGAUUCAGCCUUCCUCCAGGCGUCAGCCUCCCAAGUGACCUACCUACAGAAAGCCGCAGAAAGCGGGGUUUGUUCGGUGGUGAUGCCCCAGAAGGCUUCAGCGGAGCCCCACAAGGCUUCAGCGGUCCACCAGAAGGAUUCAGCGGCCCACCAGAAGGCUUCAGUGCUCCACCAUUGAGAAAGAGAAGAGGACUAUUCGGCGGAGACGAGUCUGUGCCAACUGGGCUACCAAGCAUUCCCGCAGACCUAGUCAGUGGCCUGCCCGAGGGUGUCAGCCCACCAACCGGUCUCCCAGAAAGCCGUAAGAAGAGAGGAUUGUUCGGAGAUGACACUCCAUCCCUACCUACUGGACUCCCCACUGGUCUUCCCGAGAUCAACGCCUCCGACCUCCCAUUGUCAGCACCACAAAAGAGACAGGUCCUACCACUAGCAACUGGUGUCCCAACUGGUCUCCCAACCGGUCUACCAACCGAGAUUCCAUUGUAA